CCACUAGGGUUUAGGGUUUCCUAUAUAAACAUCCAUACUCACUUUGCUCUUUCGUUUUUCUUCGUCCUCGGAUCUCUUACCCUCUCGACACCAGACGGGAACGGCGACGGAGCCAUGGUGCACGUUAGUUUCUAUAGAAACUAUGGAAAGACUUUCAAGAAGCCUCGUCGUCCAUACGAGAAAGAACGUUUGGAUGCGGAGUUGAAGCUUGUCGGAGAGUACGGGCUCCGAUGUAAGAGGGAGUUGUGGAGGGUGCAGUACGCGCUUAGCCGCAUCCGUAAUGCUGCUAGGGAGCUUCUCACUCUUGAUGAAAAGAAUCCCCGCCGGAUCUUUGAGGGUGAAGCCCUUCUUCGCAGGAUGAAUAGGUACGGGCUUUUGGACGAGAGCCAGAACAAGCUCGAUUAUGUCUUGGCCCUUACUGUGGAGAACUUCCUUGAGCGCCGUCUCCAGACUCUUGUGUUCAAGUCGGGUAUGGCGAAAUCCAUUCAUCACGCCCGGGUGCUUAUCAGGCAGAGGCAUAUCAGAGUUGGGAGGCAGGUGGUCAACAUUCCAUCUUUCAUGGUUAGAAUGGACUCACAGAAGCAUAUUGAUUUCUCGCUCACUAGCCCACUUGGAGGUGGUCGCCCUGGACGUGUGAAGAGAAGGAAUACGAAGGCAGCUGCAAAGAAGGCUGCUGGUGGGGAUGGAGAUGAAGAGGAAGAGGAUUAAGCUAUUAUAUUUCUCUUCAGCUUUUCCAUAACUCCUGUAGGUAGGAGUUUCUAUAAUCUUGGGGUUCUUAAGUUAGAAAAUUUGGCUAUUUUAUGUUAUAUUCCUUUGAUGGUCUCUAGAAGAAUUUUGUGUCGUUUAUU